CUUCAAUUCCUUUUUAAAUUAUAUUUUUUCCUGAAAAUUUAAUCAUGUAUUAUGUAAUUUAAAUGUAAUACUCUAAAAAUCAUGACUUUGCAUUUCAUUCAAAUAUAUAUCAUCUGAAAUGGCGGGAGAAAAUAUGAAAUAAAAGCACCCAACUGCCAUGACUACAUCUCAGUGUUCACUAGCUGUACCCACAGAUUCUACACAUCCACAUAAAAUGAAUUCCCCGAUUGUGAUUAAUCAAUGGUCAUCAUCAUCAUCGUUAUCAGUAUGUCCAGAUGAUGAUCGUUUAGGUGAACGAGUAAGUCUGAAUGAACUCCCAGAGAAACCAGGACAUAAUGCCCUGACAGAUUCAAUCAAUACAUGUUCAUUAGAAACACAAUUAUACAAUGAAGAGGAGAAAUUCAUUGCUGAAUGUUUAGCUGUGGAUAGUAGUCAUCAUAACCAUCACCACCAUCAUCAUCAUGAUAAACUAUUACAUAAUGAUAUUAUCCUGGAUGAUUUCGACUAUGAUAGAGAUUUAUUACAAAAUCCAUAUUUUUAUACAUCAUGUACUGAUUAUGAUUGUGAGUUAGCAGGUGGGGGUGGUGGUGCAGCAGGAUUUAAUCAUUCUCCAAUAUUGAGUAGAGGGUAUUCAAGACAUGCAAGAAAACUUGAUAGUGAUCCAACUAUUAUACUGACAUUGUUGAAAUGGGCACGUGUUGGAUCUAGUCAACUGCACGGGGAUGAUGAUCAGAUAGAUCGGAUUAAUUAUCAAUUUACAAGUGUACUUCUGUUGAUUUUAUUAACACUGACAGGAUUUAGACAAUAUUUAUCUCACCUACCCUUACAAUGUUGGAUACCACAAGAAUUCUCACGUAGUUGGGAAGAAUAUGCUGAACACUACUGUUGGGUAACCAACACAUAUUUUAGCAAUCUUAAAUCAAAUAUUCCACCUGUACACGAACGUACAACUAUUGUACGUUAUUAUCAAUGGGCAACAUUUGUGUUUAUAUUGCAAGCUGCAGGAUUUUUCCUUCCAUGUUUAAUUUGGAGACUGUUACAGAACCAUUCAGGAUUUCAUGUUCAACGAAUAAUGCGUAGUGCACUCCGUGUUAACUGUACACCAACUGAUUCAACCCAAACUAUAACAGAUGGUCUUGCACGAUACAUUGACAAUGUUAUCUAUCAUAGAUCCUAUAAAACUUGGCGUGUACCAUCCUCCACAGAUAAAUCACGCAGUAAACGAAAGAUAUCACGAAUAGAUGCUGCUAUAAAAUCUGCACAAAAGUCCACCAUCUGUACAUCGUCUGAAUCGACAACAUCCUCACAUGAUGAAACUGGGACAGAGACAAAACUCGUCAAAUUUGAAAAACGACCCACAUCUUCAUCAUAUCAAUAUAGAGCCCUACCUAGUGAAUCUACCACCUUGCCUAGAAGUCAUAAAAAGUCUCGUGCACCUCAACCACCGGUAACAACAUCCACGACAACUCCUACUACCACUACUACAAAUUCAUCGAAAUUAAACUCUGAUCAGAUAAUUUAUGCAUCGAAUCUAGUCUCAAAGCCCAGUGUAAAUGUGAUACAACCUAAAGUGAGGCCAGCGCCUAGACGGAAUCUGCGUAGAGGUGGAGCAUCAGCAUCAUCGUCGACGUCAUUAUGCUGUAAUAAAUACGGUUUAUGUUUUACUGGUCUUUCAAAUUUCGAUAAAAGUAGUCAGAAGUCAGGGUUGGAGCAACCACUUGUAUCCACAUCGAAAGUGACGUCGAAAACAACAUCAACAGCCUCAGUAAUGGUGACAUCGACUAAUCAAGCUCACAGUCCAA